AUGGGCGAGGUAGUAACAAAAUUAAAUAUUGCCAGCAUUUUAAAAUGUGUGAUAGAAGAGAUAAAGCCCGAUAACAUAAUUAAUGGCUUCAAAACGUGUGGCUUGUACCCUUUCGAUGAAAAUGCUAUAAAUUACACCAAAUGUCUAGCAACAAAUAAUAAGGAAGAAGAAGAGUCCAAAGAAGAAAAUAAAAUGAUAUCUCUUAAAGACUUUGAAAGUAUAAUAGGUGAUUUUUCAAAUAUAGAAAUACAGUCUCCAAUAAAUACAACAACCAAUGUAAAUCUGAGCAACGAAGAUAAUGUGACAACAGUAAAACUCACCACGACUCCUACAAAAAAUAUUGACUUAUAUUUAUCUACACCAUCUACAACAAAAGAUAAGCCUCACUUUAACAAAUCAAUCAAUAAAUACUUACAAAAUCUGCCAGUAAAUAAAAGAAAAUUUAUCAGGAAGACAGAAAAGAACCCUUAUGUAAUAACUUCCGAAAAUUUUAGAGCAUCUAUUGAAAGAAGAGAAAUAGAGAAACAACAAAAAGAGAAUGAAACAAUUGAAAGGAAAAGAAAAAGAGAUUAG